CGCCGCGGGCCGAGAGGAGGCUUCGGUCGCUGCGCGCGCCGCCGCCGUACGGUGCGGAAGCGAAGGGCGCCGCAGCCGCUUCUCGCCGGGGGUGCUCCCGUGCUCUGUCCGCGGCGGGAGCGCAGGUUUUCAGGGACCAUGGUGCAGCUUUACAACUUGCACCCGUUCGGGUCGCAGCGAGUAGUGCCCUGCAAGCAAGAGCCGGCCCAUUUCUGCUGCGGCCGCGACGUACUGUUCGUGGCCAGCGCGGCGGCCAGCUGCAGGGUGGAGGUGUUCGCCCUGCGCGACCAGGGUCGCUGCGAGCCCCUAGGCUCCUUCGCCACGCUGGGCCCCGUCCUGCGCAUGGCGCACAGCCAGACAGGAGACUAUCUGGUGACAAUUGAAGAAAAAAGCAAAGCAACUUUCCUCAGAGCAUACGUGAACUGGAGAUGCAUGUCUGCAGGGAGUUCUCGUGUUUGUGUUCGGAUGGUUGGUCACAAGAUGGAAGAGUCAUACAGUGAAACCUUAAAAGAACAGAUGUCAAUUGUGGAAAUGCCACUUUCAGAUCCUCCACUCUGCAUUUCAUGCUGUCCUCUAAAUGGAGAUCUUCUUGUGGGCUGCAAAAAUAAACUAGUCAUGUUCUGUUUGAAAUACCUGUUUAUAAACCAGAAUUUGACUGUGUUAGACUUUGAACGCUCCUUAAUUUUACACAUUGAUAACUUCAUUCCUGCUGAAAUUGCAUUUUGUGCCAGACAUAUAGCCAUAACAACAGAGCUGGAUGUUCUGAUCCUGAAACUGGAACUGGUCCAGCAAAGUGCAGACAGGACAGAGCAAUGUGCACAUAGCGUUAGUACACUAGAAAAGCCUGUGGAUGGAGGUGUGAAAGGUGAAGGUCCUUCAACACACACUUUGCAGCUAGAAUUAGAUGAGUUCAUCAUAUGUCAGAAGCCAGCAGAACUGCUUGGGGAAGAAAGUAAGCUAUGUGAGAUACCCAUCACACUGGAAUACACAGAGUUACCUACGGAAGACACAAAGUGCUUCCAAGUGCGGUAUCUGCUUUUCAGAUGUUUUACACCUGACCAGUCGCCUUUUGGCUUCUGUGAAGACACAAAGCUGCACUCUGUUCAGCUGCUUCCUGUAUACCAGACAGGAAGUUCUAUGACAGCCCAUGAGGAAACUGACAUCAAGAAAGAACUACUGAGUCUCUUCUGCUUUUUCUCUUUACCUCAUGUUGGAUAUCUCUACUCUGUUGGGAAGAUAGUAGAACUGAUUUCUACUUACCAAUAUUCAGAGAAGUCAGAGCAGGCAGUUCUCACUUCACAGUUCCUGCAUGUCAUUACAAGUGAGAACCUGCAGUGCUUCACAGUGCGGUGCAGUGCAGCAGCAGCUCGUGAUGAGGAUCCAUAUAUUGAUACGACCGUGAAGGCUUGUCCGCCUGUCACACUGGAUGUCUGCACAUUAAGAAUGCAGCUUUUUAUAGGACCAAGAGCUAUCUGUCAUUUCAAAAACCAUAUAAUUCUUUUGACUAAGGCGGACACAGAAGAUAUUACUGAAAGAAGAAAGCCUACAAGAAAGAUGCUUUCCAGAAAGGCUGACAGCAUCAAAUCACGAACAAAUUCUGAGUCAGAGCCUGGUUGGAAUUUAUAUAUUAUAAACACUGUUUCAACCAUUCAGCUUUACAGAGAAAUGGUAGAUUAUAGUAGAACCUAUGAAAAUGUAAAAACUGAGAGUUGCAUCCAUCUGCUAAGUGAGGCUCACUUACUGGUCAGAGCAGCUAUAAUGGACCCUCAUUUCUUUAAAUCAGAUGAGAAAGAAGAAAUUCUAAGAGCAUUCAGAGAAAGUUGUGCCGCCUUAGGAGACUGCUACAGCAGGUUUGACACAAAGGAUUACCACCUUGCUUUGCCAUACUACAGAAUGUCAGGUUUAUCCAUGACUGAAGUUUUAAAGAGACUAGUUUCAGAAGGUGAUGAAGUACAUACGUAUGAGAGAGGAUUUAUAUUUUACUUAACUCACUCUCUUAAUGAAGACUUAAAUGAAGAAUUAAGUAAGGAAUCAGCAAAUAAAGUUCUCCAAAUAUUCUGUCUUGCUGACCCUGUGCAGCUGCCUCAUAUCCUCUGCAGCCCCUGCAUGAGAAAUGUAUGUCCAGUGACAGCUGUGAAGUACCUUCAGAAAGUAGAAAAGAUUAUGCCAUCAGUGGUCCUGACACUUACUAAGGCCUUCAUGGCUCUGAAAAUGGGAGACCUGACGAUGUAUGAACAUGAGAUGGACUCCUGUAAGGAGACAGUACUGGGUUGUGGCUUCAUCGGGCAACCAAAGCUCUUGAGACAGUGGAAGGAAGGAACAGUUAUGCCAACUGAAUUUGCUGUUCACCUGAAGGAGACGCAACCUGGUUUGCUGGUGGCUGCCAUUGUGGCUUUACAUGAGAACAGUAAAAUUGAACUAGAGGAAGCAGAUACCUUUUUCAAGAUGUUGUGUGGUAACAGAGAAAGCACUAUUCCUCAGCUCUUGGUAGAUUUCUGGGAAGCUCUUGUAGUGUGCUCUCAGAAAGAAAUACUUCAGGAGCUUUUACUGAGGCUUACUUCUCAGUAUGUUUCAAGAAUAUUGAAGAAGCAACUUCCUGAGACUAAGCCACUGAAAACAACAGAGGAUCUGAUAAACUCCUGUAAUCAUUUUGGGUUGAUUUUCCCGUGGGUAACAUUAAUAAUGUCACUGGGAUCUCCAUCUGCUAAAUAUUACAGUGAAGAUAUCUCAAAAUUACAGUCUCUUCUAUGUAGUCAGUCAAUCAACAUAGCUUCAGCUCUGCCUGUCUUGGAGCCUCUGACAGAGGAUGGCAAUGUUGGCCUCACCAUCCAUGUUCUCUGCAAUACCCGCCUAGGCAAAUAUGAGGAAGCCAUUGACCAGCUUCUCGAAAGGUGUCCUGAUGCAGCUGUAUUAUAUGCUCAGCAUGAGCUGAAAGAUGACAAUCGGGCUGUAUGGUGGAACAAGCUACUUCCUGAAUUUUGCAAGAGAGCUAGACUUACUGGAAAUGACUGCCCUGUUUUUAUUUCAUCACUGAAAGAAACUUUAUCAGUUGUUGCAAUGGAACUGGAACUAAGAGAUUUCCUCAGUUUUCUACCAGAGGAUGGAACUGCAGCAUUUUUCCUGCCACAUCUUCUUCACUGCAGCCAGAGGAGGGUGAUGACAUAAAACAACGGAAGCCUACUAUGCACUCAAAUACAAAGAAUGUGCCAGAAUAAAAAAGUAAAUGAAAACAAAACUACAUAUAAGGUACUGUAGGACUCCCCUCACAUAAAUCACCUUUCAUUAUUUCUCAGUUGAAACCUUAUGAGAACUAUUGAGUGACAGCUAUUGUCUGAGGCAAAGCAACUCUUUUGAAGCUAAUAGUAGUACACUCCGACAAAGGUCAACAAACCAGAAUUACUGCCUCGUAGAACUGAAUGGCAGUCAGCUGGACUGGUGAAAAAGUGACUUUUCAACUGUUAGGCAGGAUCACAUGUCCUCUCAAGGAGGGUGAACUUACAGCCAAAGCAGCUAAAAAAUACAGACUGUACAGUACAAUUGGACAUUUGAUGUUCAGCAAAAGUAAAGCAGAGAGUCAGGCUUAUUCUGCGUUACUUAGUUGGAUCACUGACCAGGGAGGAAGAGUUUAAAUUCAGGCAGAGGUCUAACUGUGUGAGUAAAAAGCAAGAGCCUUACUCCUCCAAGUGGAAUUUGGCCCCACUUCAUUUUGCAACAUACACAUUCCCUUGAAUUCCAGUUGGUAAACCCAGUCAGCUGUUCUGGCAUCUUAAUUACAUACCCAUGCAAGUGUUGCACUGAAAAUGUUUUCAUUUAGCAGUUCACGAAAAAAAGUCGUAAUGACAAAGAGCGUCAAAUUGAAACCGAAGUGUUUUCAAGGGCAUGGAAGAUA